UUAGCGUCUGUUGACUCUCUGGGGUUCCCAAAACAUAAUGCCUGUGGCAUUUCAGUGUAAAUCCUUAUUAUUUUGUCUUUAAUUUUUCGAAGAGAUUCGUGUAAAUAUGCCGAAUAAUUGUAUUGUGGUCGGCUGCCAUAAACACAACUAUUCUAGAGAUAAGAAGAGGUCGUUUUUCAAACUGCCGAAGGACACAAAAGUCCUGAAAGACGCGAUAACUGGGUAGCCGCUAUCAAGCGUGUUAAUGCUGGCGGUACACCGUGUAGUCCCUCUAAAUAUUCAACAAUUUGUUCCGAUCAUUUUGUGACUGGACAACCCAUUAAAGAUAAGAAUCCCCCAGACUAUGUGCCGUCUGUAUUCCCUCAUGUGUCAACAAGCCCAGAACCAGCUGAGAACCUCACCUAACCCUCCACCAUCAAAGCGCCGUUAUGUGGAGCCGAUGAUGGUCGUCGAGCAACAGACUGUGGGCACAUCAACAGUGAUUUUAUAAUCCAGUUGGAUGUGAUUGCUGAGAGGAGAACCACAGCUGGACCGGGAAUGUCUCAAAGGAAGACUCUUGAACCAGAUGACUCCAGAGGGCUCGGUUUGAUGCCCCCCACACCUGCAGCAUCCACAUCAGAACUGGAACAGGCACAAGACAGCAAAGACCCCAUGUUGCCUGCUGAUAUGCAUCAGCUGUCUGGGAUUAAAGAAGAGGUUCCCUGGAGCUCCAGUCUGGACCAGCAGGACCCAGAACUCCCCCACAUAAAGGAGAAAGAGGAGGAACUCUGGACCAGUCAUGAGACCGAGCAGCUCGAUAGACAAGAGGAGACUGAUGUCAGUAGUUUUUCUUUAAAUGUUGUAACUGUGAAGAGUGAAGAUGAUGAAGACAAACCUCUGUCCUCACAGCUUCAUCAGAUCAAAGCUGAAGACAACAGAGAGACAGAACCUCCAAGCAGCAGCUCAGAUAUACAGAUAAAAACAGAAACAGAUCAAGAGGACUGCGGAGGACCAGAACCAGUCUGGAACCCAGACUCAAAUAAUCUUUUACAACCAAAGCCAGGUGAAAAUGACUCGGACUCUACUGACACAUCUUCCGAUUCCGAAGUCGAAGACCAUGUUGAUCAGUGGAAGACCACAACACCCGAGUCUUUCAGCUGCUCUGAGUGUGACAAAAAAUAUCGCUACAAGCAGUCUCUUCAGAGACACAUGAAAUGCCAUCCAGGAAAAGACACUUCCAGCUGUUUGGUCAAUAAGAAGCACAGCCCAGACUCAGAGGGCUCAGUCAGCAGAGGGGAGGGAAGAUUUGGCUGUGAUGUUUGCAGUAAAAGAUUCAGCCGAAGGCAAGAUCUGAAGAGGCACACCAUCCUUCACACGGGAAAGAAACCAUUCGUCUGCGCCGUGUGUGCUAAAAGAUUCAACCAAAAAGCAAAUCUAAAGACACACAUGAGAGUCCACGCAGGAGAGAGCCAGGCCAGCAGCGAUGUUUGUGGUGAACGAUGCGAACACCUGACGAGACACCUGAUCCCCCACACACAAGAGAAUCUGUUUGGCUGUGGCGUUUGUGGGAAAACCUUUAACCAAAAGGGACAUCUGAAGAGACAUUUGGUAGCCCACAAAGGAGAAGAAACAUUUUACUGUACCAAGUGUGAGAAGAAAAUUAAAUAUCUUUACAAUCUCUGUAGACACAUGAUCGUCCACACAGGAGAAAAGCCGUUCGACUGUAACGUUUGUGGUAAAGGAUUUACACAAAAAGGAAGCCUGAAGAGACACAUGGGAGUCCACCUGUCUCUUUAACAGUCAAAUCAAGCAACUAUUUAUUCAUUCUACCUUUAAGUUACUAAUUAACUUAUUAAACAUGUAAAGAUAAAUGGAAGUAUAGUGUAUAAGGUAAAAACAGUUUGUUUGGUCUGUGCAGCUCUAUUCUCUAUCACAGUCUGAACCCUCUUAGAUAAACUUUGUCUUUUCUUGAAGUAGUUUCCAGGAGUAGUUCUCCAGGAUCCUUGAAAGACUUUGGAUGUUUCUGUCCAGAUGAUCCCACACAGCUUCAGUAAUGUUGAGGUGCAGGUUCUGGGGAGGAUUCAUCCCUCCAUCGGACCUGUUUCCACCAGUUUUCUGUAAUGUUUUAGGGGCACUGCACAUCAUGCUGAGGUCCUUUUCAUUUCAGUUUAUUUAUAUGUUGCUCGUUCACAACAUUUAUCAUGUUGAACCACUUAAACCACAAAUCCAAAUAAAUUCAAUUACAAUCCAAUUAAUUAGAAACCGUUACAAAUCUGAGUUAUUUAGAGAGUUUAAGGCCAGACUAGCCAAUCUACUCAGGUGGACUCGCUGUGUAUUGUUCUCUGGUGUAAUAAAUACACUCCGCUUGCACCUUGCUGCUCUUGAAACUCAUUUUUGGAAAAUUACUAUUUUAUUUUACUCCAUCAAGUUUGCCUGCUCAUCCAACUUUAUUUCAUGUCUUCGCAAAGAGGAGUGAGAAGA